UUAUCGUCUCGCAUAUUAACUCUUUCGAUGAGAAUGUGAAUGGUUAGCUACAUGGCCAGGAUCAUGGUCCCUCAGCUGCUGGUGCAUGUUAGUACACUUUUGAUGUACGCCAUCUGCAAGUUCCAAGGGACGAGACUUUUCAGUUUACAUCGCAACUCGUGACGUUUUGUGUGUGUUAAUUUGUGAUGGUACGAAUCGAACAGAUUUUAUAAUAACGCAGUAGCAUAGGAGGCAGAGAUUCUGUAGCAUUGGCGUUUUUUAUGUGAUACACUGAUUGUAACGAGGUAAAGGAGACUUUCACAGCUGCCCUGCAAGUCGAUACUGCAGGCGAUAGAGCCAAGACAGUUGCUAUUGCGUUUAUCACAAUUUUUGAGAGAUUGCAGUUGCACGAUCAGAUACAUUAUGACGGAAAGCGAGCACGUGUGCCUGAGUGGCCAGGACCUGAUAGAGUUUAGGACGAAGCAGUGUCCGUUGUACGCCAAGGGUACCUGCUCAAAUAGCAGUCGCUGUAACAUGUCACAUAGCGAAACAUGGCCGCGCAGGAACCCUUUGCAAUUCGCCUAUGAUUACAAACUCUGUCCGAACAUUCAGUUUUUUAGGACGGACAACAAAAUGCAGUUGCAGGGAAAAUGUAAUUACGGAAGAAGGUGCAAGUUCUCGCACUCCAAGGAAGAGCAAUUGUACCAUCCAGACCUGUACAAGACACGCAUGUGUAUGAACUAUCCCAAUUGCAAGGGCUACUAUUGCCCGUUUGCACAUUCGCAGUCGGAACUUAGACAACAGGGCAUUCCAAUCGUUAGAAGGGGAAUUGACAGACCAAAGCUUGGCAUGACAAUUGACGCAUGCAGGAGACAAGUUAAGGCAAUUAAGACUUUUGAGCCAAAUUCCACAAUUUUGGAGUCCACACUGGGAAUUUUGGCAGAUGAUCUCACUGCUAUGCUCGCGGAGGAUUUCAAGAAAUUCGGCCCAUUGACCGAACGGGUGCAGUGCGAGUAUGGAGACACGCCUUUCAUGACCACUGUCACACCAACAAACUCGCCAGUUCUCCCUCCAUACAAGUCUGGCGUUGCAACACCAGUCUUGACAAACUUGGAGGCGUUGAAUAAAACCUUUAUCGACAAUGGUUCCAUUUUGGAUAAAUGGAGAGCACUGGACACGAUUUCGCUAAACUCGACAACAUGUUCUCCACUCGUUCAUUCACAAGAGGCGCCUGAUCAGAAUGGAGAGGCCAAGGAUGUUGAAGAAUCUGAUGCAGAACACAAGGACGCGGAAGAUGACAGCUGGUUUGAUGUGGUCAUCAAGGCUGGUUUAAAGCUCCUGGGUGACGACUCAGUUUUUGGUCCUGGCAAUGUCUUUAGUCGUGAGAAUAGCUUUGCGCCGUCUCUUGGUGGGAACGACGCCAAGAAUGCCGCCUAUACGCUGGAGCUCCCUGGAAUGGAGGAGGACAAGUUGGUUGACUCGUGGAAGACGCACAUUUUGGCAAAGUCUGGAGACGAUGCCGCCUAUAAAUACACGUUGUGGCCUGCAUACCCUCAAGAGUCUUAA